CCAACUUUUAUUUCAUCCCAUUCUGCUGAUGUUAUCCCGUCUGACAUUUGUUUUACCAAAUCCACUUCCGACACCCUCAACUCCAUCAAUGUCCUACUGGACAAGUUGCUCUAUAGCAUACCUAAUACAGCUCGGUCGUUCAGCCCUUCCUGACUGAGGACCGCAAUGCACAAAGUUCUACCAACCACCCUGUGCAAAAAAGCUAUACUUAAGGCUGAGACAGAACUCAGAGUGUACUAUCAGCAUACAGUUACCGCUGUAGGUUUGGACCCUGGGCAUCCGAGGUACAUUUUGUGUGUUAUACUUAGUCAUACCUCAACACUUCCGUGUAUGCUUAAGUAUCUGACUUUAAGUGACACAGACAAGAAUCCAGAUGCUGAAAAUCAUGUCAAUGAACAUAUACUUGCAGAUAGUAUCCCUUCUCCCAAGCAGGAAGUCCUUUCACCAGCAUCACUCUAUGAUCUAACUGCCAUCAUUGAGUAA